GUGGGGUUUAGUUGGCGCGCAGCCAGUAGCACAAAACGCUGGGAUUGUAUGGAGGAGGAAAAAGAUCAGUAACAUGACUAACGGAACAGCCCCGAUGUGUUCAUAUUUCCACCUAUGAGAAUGCGGGCUAUGGUAAUUGUGAACAUGCUAAAGCGCAUUGUUUGAAGAAAAGAAAAAGGGGGAAAGCAGCGGCUCGAGCAGCAGUCAUUUGCAUCACAGUUACAGGGAGAGGGGAAAGUGAGAAUGGCCUGGAUGGGGAAGAGAAAAUCAGUCAUUGCCAUGAGCCUGAUAUUUGCAGUGUCUGUCUUUGUUGUUGCCAUCCAGUACACAGAGAAGCACCACCUCUUACUCCAGCCCUAUUUUCAACAGUCCUUUGGCAGCUACUGGGUGUUUUCACGACAACCACAAAAAGCAAUAAAGCCCCAUACCGGGUACGUCAAAGUGCCAGAUAGGGAGCCCCUCAAGUUAAACUGUGAUGUCUGUAGCCUGGUGUCCAGCUCAGGACAGAUGUUGGGCAGGGGGGCAGGUGCUACUAUUGACCAGACUUCCUGUGUCUGGAGAAUGAACAACGCUCCUACUAAAGGAUUUGAAAAGGAUGUGGGCAAGAAGACUACAGUCCGGGUUGUAUCACACACCAGCGUUCCCCUGCUUUUACAGAAGCAGCAGUAUUUCUUUGGUGAGGCCAACGAUACCAUCUACAUCAUCUGGGGCCCUUUGCGUAACAUGAGACAAGAUGGGCAAGGACUUGUUUACAACAUGUUGCGUCAAGUAGUGAAAAACUACCCCAGUGUCAAGAUCUUUGUGACUACAGAAGAGCGAAUGAACUAUUGCGACAAGGUGUUUAAAGAAGAGACUGGAAAAGACAGAAUACAGUCAGGAUCAUAUCUGAGCACUGGUUGGUUCACACUUAUUCUAGCAAUGGACCUGUGUCGCGACAUUCGUGUGUAUGGCAUGAUAAACGAAACCUACUGCAGGAGUGAAGGCUACCCCAAAGUCCCGUACCACUACUAUGAAGCUGGCGGCAGAGAUGAAUGUGCGGAGUACCUGCUACAUGAAAGUGCUCCUUAUGGAGGUCACCGCUUUAUUACGGAAAAAGCUGUCUUUGCAAAAUGGGCCAAAACCCAUUCAAUUCACUUCUCACACCCUUCGUGGUCGGUCUUAUGACACCAGCCUUCUGGAAGGUCAAGAAAAUCACUGAUAAUUUGGUUUGGAUUUUUUCCCAGAUUCCCAGAAAUGUUUGCCAAUGUAAUGUUCAUUUAACUGUACCAUUUUUUUUACUACUGUUUGAAUAAUGUGAUCUACACGUCUGAUGCUGUCUUCUGGUUGAUAAGACACAGCAAUCCAGAAAGUGGAUACUUUUUAAGGAGUUUCCACUCUAAUCAUGAAUGUUAAACAAGUCACAAAGCAAGGAUAUGCAACCCGCUCAGUACUAAAAAAUGUCUAAUUUCAAAUGCUGUAUACAAUCAAGAAUCUAGAAGUAAUUCACUGAGUUCUUAUUGUUUUUAAUGUUGCUGCUUUUCAUUUUUAUCAAUACUCAUUCAUAUGUGAACUUCUGGUACAAAUUAAAUGCAUGUUUAGUUUUAUUUUUAUUUUUAAUGAUGUUACAUGUAAUCUGGGCAAUGCAAUAUUUUAACAACUUAUAACAGUUUCUGAAAUUGUGAUAAAAAUAGAGGCUAAAAAAAACAAUUCAGAAAUUAUUUCUGAAAUGACUGUGAUGUGCGGUAGCCACUGUAUAUAAAUGUGGUGGUUACUGAGACCCUGACCACUGAUUUCAUUUAAAGAUGUUGCACGUCAUAUCACUGUAAAAAAAUGCCCUGAUGGUGAUUUGUCUUGUGGUGCACCACACACUGGCACCGAGGCCUGCCAGUUAAAAGUGGCGAUGCUUUAGGCUAUUUUAGCUACUCGGUGUCUGGCACAACAAUCGCACACCUUCAGAACUAUCACGCAUCACUACUUAAGCAAUGGCUACAUAUCUGAACUCUUGGCACAUGGUUGUACUUCUGGAUGUGCCAAUACCUGAGUGCCAGCUGCCUUGUCCUAGAACAAGGACGUACCUAAUGCACACGUAUAUUUUCAGUUUUCUCAAAUGUUGGUCAGUAAAAUCGAAGGUAAUCGUCCUUCAUUAAGUGUGUAUCACAGAACUGACCUAAUGUUUUGAGAAGCAGCUGCUGUCCCACUGUCAAGUCUGCCAUCAGUGUAUUAACAGUAUGACCCGCUCUUCUGUAUAAUAAAGGCCUAAGAAUCUGAUGAAGGUGCAGUCAUGAAAAAUCCCCAAACGGCUGUGGACAGUGCAAGGUGAUGUAUGGCAUAGAAAAGCGUUAAAGGAUACAAGGCAGCUGCCCGCUGCCCACUUGUCCAGAUAUCUGGCCCUUUCAGUUUGAUAUCCAGCAUUGUUUUUUAACAUAGUGAAACCAUUAUCCAAAUUUAGGUGUACAACUGGCUAACUGACGGAUGUUUUCAGGCUACAUUCUCAUCUGUAAGGCCUUGUCAAAUUUUCAACUUGUGCUUCAUCUUUCAUAAGCUGCGACUGCCGUGUUUCAUGGCCAGUGUCACCUAAACUGUGAUUUCUUCAGCUCACAGUGAACUGUUUCACCUGUAAUGUGUGGUCGGAUGCACACCAUAAUAGUUUAGUAGCAACUCACUCGUCAUUAACGUCGUUGCUUCUUCCACGACUGACAACUUAAUGGUGCGUGUAUUCGGUUACCAUCCUACUUGUAACUUUUCAGAUUGUUCUUUUGAAACAGCGGCCAAAACUUGAGUUUGUAUGCACUAAGUGUUGCAUUCUUGCGUAAAUAGCCAGUCUCAGUAUUCUUAACAUCAUUUCUGACUACUUUGAUUACAUGAAGGAGCUGAAGCAUAGGAAACAAAACAAGAAAUCAGUCCUGGUAUGAGCACCACUCCAUUGCAGGCCACACUCUCAUGCUCACUUGUACAGGUUCAUGUUAGAGUCACCAGUCACUGGGACAUGGGUGGAAACUGGAGAAAACUGGAAAAAACACUCCAGUAUCAGGAAAAGGGGCAGACUCCUGUAAGACAAUCACCAUGCUGGGAUGUGCGCAGAACUCCACAAACGUACUUGAGACAGAAGCGCUAAACAUUCUGACAUUAGGAAACCUUACAGCUUUAAUUAUCUUCCUCAUUUUAUUAAUAAUUUAAAGGAAUUUGUAAUGACAAAUUAAACCUAAAAUAACAGAACACUGUCAGAUCCACUUAAUCCAAUUCAGGGUCAUGGGAGACCAGAGCUUUAUCCCAACCAUAUCAGGUACCAACUGGGAACCGGCCAAUCUAUUACAACUGGGAGGUAACGGUAUGGAAAGAAAGGCAGCGACACUUUUCUUUUGUUCCACCACAGUAGUGUUGUGGAUAGCAUUGUGGGCCACCCAUUAUCACUUCAGCUUCUUACUACUGUGUUUCCAUCUUCUCCUGGUUUCUUUUGGGGACUCCAUUUUUAGUGUCACAGUCCAAAUGCCUGCCAAAUGGCACACUGUCCCACUGUGCAUGAAUGGACCCAGGGAUGAAGUGGCUCCUGGUUUGCACCUUCUGGGACCUGGAGGAGUAGCGGCUGUAUUGAAAGGUCCUCCUAAAUUCUUAAGCUCAUGCAGUGUAAACUCAAGAUCUUGGCUUAGAAACCUUAUAUUGGCCUGUGGAACCCAUAAUCAUAAAACUCCAGCAACUGGCCUCGUCACCACAUUAAAAUGCGCU